UCGUGAAAACGGGGAAAAACCACCUCCCCCUCCCGUCCUCAUCUCGCGGUCUCCCUCUCUCCAACACUCAAAUUCUCCGGCGCCGCCCUACUAACUCCGACGGCCCAUCUCCGCCGCCUCCGCCGCCGGCGUGAAGCCAUCUCCGCCUCCUGUGAAGCCCCCCAACUCCCGCGAGCUCCUCCACGCAGCAGAUCCGGCGAGCUCGGAUGGACGCGGCGGCGCUAGGGGCGGCCGCCGGGGCGCCGAACCCGGCGGCGCCCGUAGGAGGGGACCAGCAGCCACGGACGGAGCGGCUCAGCGCCGGGGUGCAGCAGCAGCUGAACCUGGAGGGGAUGCGGGCGCGCGCCGUGGGCCUGUACAAGGCCAUCUCCCGCAUCCUCGAGGACUUCGACGCCAUCGCCCGCGCCAACCCCAACGCCUCCCCCAAGUGGCAGGAUGUGCUUGGGCAAUUCUCGAUGGUGAGCAUGGAGCUCUUCAAUAUCGUGGAGGACAUCAAGAAGGUGUCCAAGGUGUUUGUGGUCUACCCCCGAAACGUUAAUGCCGAAAACGCUGCCAUACUGCCUGUAAUGCUGUCGUCAAAGCUGUUACCUGAGAUGGAAGCUGAAGAAGCUACAAAGAGGGACAACUUGUUGUCUGGAAUAACGAAUCUAACAGUUUCUGGACAAAUUGAAAAGUUAAAGACUAGGAUAGAUAUGAUUGGAAGUGCAUGUGAAACAGCUGAGAAAGUAAUUGCUGAAAGUCGCAAGAAUUAUGGUCUAGGAGCCCGUCAGGGGGCAAAUCUUGGUCCUACAUUGGACAAGGCACAGGCUGCAAAGAUACAGGAGCAGGAAGGCCUACUUAGAGCAGCGGUAAAUUAUGGUGAAGGAUUGCGUGUACCGGGAGACCAAAGGCAGAUGUAUUCAUCUCUUCCUAGCCAUUUAGUGGACGUACUUCCUUUUGGAGAUGGGGCACAUAAUUUUGGUGAUAAUUCUGGUGUGUACCCCAAAAAUACCUCAACAUUUGUACCUAAUGUUGUCAACGCCCAGGGAAAUCCAAUGCAGCAGGUGUCUGGAGGACAGUUACUUGGCAGACCUGCUCCAUCACCUGGAGCUACAGGAACGCCUAAUUUUGAAAAUGUAUCUACUCCUCCAAUGCCAUAUGCAAACUCCCCUAGGUCAGGGACCAAUAUGAUGAACACCCCUUCACCCCAGCAGCAUUUGACGGCACAACAACAUAGGCAAAAACUGAUGCAAACAUCUCAGCAACAGCAGCUACAUGCUCAACAGCAACUAAGACCAUCGGCUGCUGGGAUGCUAGCACAGAGCGCAAUUCCUCAGCUACAAGAUCUGCAGGGCCAAUCCCAACAAAAAUUACAGGUCCCUGGCCAACAGCAGAUGCAGUACAAUCAAGCCUUGUCACAACAGUAUCAGAAUAGGCAGAUGCAAGCUGGGCGCAUGCAACCUGGCAUGUCCCAGAGUCAACUGAACCAAGGAAAUCAGCUAAGAAGUCAUAUUAGCCAGUUCACUGGAGCUGCAAACAGUGCAAUGUUUACUGCUGCACAGGCAUCUUCGAACUCACAGAUGAUGGCAAAUAUACCUGGGUCGAUGCAAUCACAAUCACUUUUGCCACAAAUGCAAGGCCUUAAUCAGUACAGUUUGACUGGUGGGCAUCCUCAAAGGAGCCAUCCAUCCCAAAUGCUGACUGACCAAAUGUUUGGUAUGGGAGGCGCAAAUUCUACCAGCAUGAUGGGAAUGCAGCAGCAGCAGCAAUUUAACAUGCAAGCAAAUGCUCAGAACCUGCAACAAGGCAUGACAGGCCUCCAGAACCAGACACAAAAUCCCAACUUUCCCCAGCAGAGGCAGCAAAACCAGCAAUGAUUCAAACAAGUAGUGUUUUGCUAGGCCGAGGAAGAAUUUUCCAUAUCUUAAGUCCAUGCAUGCCGUCAGCAGAGGGCAAAACGUCGUGUGGCUGGCCAAAUAGCACAGCAGCAACUGCUGCUUUCUUCCUUGUUACAGGGCAUCACCAAUGGACACAUUAGUUUGGUGAUAUCAGCUGGCUGUAUCUAUCUUAUAAUGAUGGAUGCUUAUGUCUUAUGUCUUCAUGCGGUCCUCUAUUGAUUUAAGGGUUUCAUGGUAAAUCUGCCUCAUCUAUACUAAUAUAAAAAGGAGGAGUUGUGCCUAGCAAUCCUACAUGUGAAAUCACCUCCCAUCUCAUCCGUCCAUCUACUAUCUCAUCUCAUCUCCACCGUCAAUUCGUUUCGCUAUCCUCCUUGCUCCACCGAUUCCAAUGAUUAUAGCGACCUUAUCCUCUCCACCGUCCACGCGCGAGCCUGUGCCAUCUCUGCUGCGCACCCCGCCUCCGCCGCAUUCAAUCCAUCGCCGCAACGACAAAUCCUCAAAUCCGACGCGCUCUCCCAAUCGUCGUCGUUGCCUCCUCCACUCCGCCUCGGUCCUCCUCGCCUCCUCGCUCCUCCUUGCGUGGCGCCGCUCCGCCGUCGUCCCCUUGCUUCGCUCCCCCUCUCCUCCUCGCCUCCUCGCUCCUCCCCGCGUGGCGCACGCCGCCAUCGUCCCCUUCCGCCGCCGCCUAGACGCCGCCGUCGUACCCUUCCACCGCUGCCCGGACGCCGCCGCCCAUACGUCGCCAUCGUCCCCUUCCACAGCCGGAGCCGCGGUCUUCCCCAUCGGCCACACAAAUCGCGCCAUGGCAACUCACAAAAUUCCCCACGCGUGGACCACCAAGGCUCCAUCGCGCUAAUCCCGCGGUGGCUCCCCUAAUCACGAUAACGCCGCCGCCGCGCCUUUGAACGUUGUUGCGCCAUCCGUCAUCAUCCGCACUUCCGCCGCCGUCGUCACCGCAAUCAGUAUCCUGGUGGUCCAGGGUUUCCACCAGUGCCGCUGCCCCGUCUCGCCCUGGUUGUGCAUCCUCCCACCAGCGUCGCAGCUCCGCCAUCGCCCUGCAAUCGGUGCCUCAGUGGUCCAGGGCUCCGCUGGCGACGCCACCCCGUCGAGCCACGGUGGUCAAGCCUUCCGCCGACACUGAGCCUCCAUCUUUGUCGCUGCUCUGUGAGUCCUCCAGUGUUGCCACCGUUGGAAGAGGAUAGACUCAGCAGCUAGGCCUCCCAGCCGUGCGCCUCCCUCUCUUAUGUUGGUGAUACCUGAUUCAACUCAAAUCGACUCUUUUCAAUCCCCUUUUUUCCUCUUUGUGAAUUUUCCCCAUUAGUUCUCUAGCUGAAUUUUCUUAUUCAAGCUUAAUGGUAUGCAUCUCCUUUUAGUUAUGUUAUUCGGUUCUUCUUUACCUUUGUGGAUAAUUGCAGGCUAUAUAUUACGUGAUUGGUGCUGCAGUUUCAUACAUACUAACAUUAUAGUUGUCAUGUUGAAUAUCUUGCAGAUUAUCUUACAUAGAGCAAAUUCAACCAUGCCUGGUCUCUUAUCUUUUUUAUUCAGGCGAAAAAUAACAGUUCCUUUCUUACUGAAAUGGAAAAUACAUGAAACCCUACACUGCAAUUUUCUGCAAUGACAGGGUGACCUUGCUUCUUAGCCAAUUGGAGCACAAAAGAAAAAUCCAAUAAACAGGAAAACAUGAUUUAGUCUUGGACAUCAUUUCUGAAGGCUUUUGCACUUAAGAAACGCGAAUAGACAAGAAUAAGGUAUGCAGUAAACAUGAUACUUCUGUGUGGCUCACUACUUCACUGGUCCUACUACUUUAGAGCUAUAUAUUUUUGUGUGACUGUAGAUGGGUUCCAUUAAUGGAUGGCUGUGAGAACUAACAUUUCAAUUUUGUAUAUAUGGUAGAGCUUCCUCAGGUGGUUGGUAGCAGAACAAGAUAGUAUAAGUUUUCAGGUGGAUAAAGCUAAAGCAAGGCUAAGAAUUAAACAUGUGUAAUGGAAGUAUCAGGGAUGGCUGUGAGAACUAACAUUUCAAUUUUGUAUAUAUGGUAGUAUAAGUUUUCAGGUGGAUAAAGCUAAAGCAAGGCUAAGAAUUAAACAUGUGUAAUGGAAGUAUCAGGAAUUCAGAAUGGUAGUUGGCGCAUAUGGAGCAGAUUUGAUAACCGAAAAUUGUGUACCCUGUGAAGAAUCCAUUGCUGGUUUUAAGUUUUAACUUCAUACCGUUAUCAUUUCAAGGAAAGAAGGUCUUGCAAUCGAUCUUCAGAAGAGCUGAGAAAGGAGCGAUUUGUAAAUUAGGUUAAUGGAACAAAAUAUUCCACGUUUUGCCCAAUUUCUAUAAAUUUGAGUACCUGAAUUCACUCACACCAAAUGGAUUGCCACAUCUUUUAAAGGACAAAGUUAUUGUCUUGUCAUAUUGCUGCGCAAUCUCGACCUGCACAACGGGUUGUGCAAUGGAACUAGGCUUAUGAUUAGAGCAUUUCAGAAUUAUUCCAUUAGUGCUGAGAUUGUCGGUGGUGCACAUGCUGGGAAGAGGGUCUUCAUACCACGGAUUCCAUUGCACCCCUCGGAGGAUCUUCAAUUGCCUUUUAAGUUCAAGCGGAAGCAGUUUCCCAUCCGUCUUAGUUUUGCAAUGACUAUCAACAAAGCUCAAGGACAGACAAUCCCAAAUGUGGCAAUCUAUCUCCCUGAACCUGUUUUCUCUCAUGAUCAACUCUACGUUGCACUCUCUAGGGGUGUCUCGAGGGGGACAACCAGAAUUUUGGCCAAGCCAAGGAUAGACAUUGACCCCACUGGAAAAAGCACAAAGAACAUUGUAUAUCGAGAUGUUUUAUUCUGAACAGAUUGUCUAAGGUUGAUUAGAGAAUACCAUGUUCAGAUUCUUCUGAAGGCCCAGUUCUUUAUAUUAUUCAUUGGACUAUUGAGCUUGGUUGUUUCUGGAGGACCAGGUUGCAUGGAUGGUAGAAUGUGGUUGCAUUGAGAGUACCAUGUUCAGAUUCUUCUGCUGGCCCUGUUCUUUAUUUUUUUUUUUCACUGGACUAUUGAACCUGGUUGUUUCUGGAGGACUACGGAGCAUGGCUGGAGUAUCAUAUUGUUUACACCAAGUGUUCGAUGAUAUCUGGAGGAUCAUAUUGUUUACACCAAAUGUUCGAUGAUAUCUGGAGGAUAACCUGAUGUGGAUUAUGAGCUUGGCUUUGUCUUGACAAAUAAUAGAUGAGUUGCUGCUUGUAAGAGAGGUCUCGAUGAUCUGCUAAUUGCCACUGUUUAGUUACAUGGGGUGAAAUAAUUUUGUGCAAACAUGACUGAUGUAUAUGAAAAUACGUCUCUGAUUGGGAUCUUGUAAACUUAUUUGAUUUGGGAAGGACUGCAACACUUGAAAUUUUUAUUGGAAGGACAAUUCAGAAACAUAAUUGGGAACAUUUGCUAUAUUAUUUUAUGAUCUUA